AUGUAUAUCACUACUAUUUGCCCUUCAUAUCUGAUCUUUGUCGCACUUAUCACGACUUUCAUUCAUUCGGCGACUUCACAUCCUGUUCAAACCAGCGAAGUGGUCAAGCCAGGCCAAUACCAGGAUCCCAAUUCCCGUGGACUAUGGAAAGUCCUCGAGAAUGAUGAACAUCGUCCAUUGUCUGACCCAGCACGCGCCAACCAUGAUUAUAACCCAACAUGGCGAACUACCAACCAUGACAGCGAAUCAACAACGAAGGAACAUCCAGAUCACACCUAUACAAAGGAGAUUUUCUCAAUAGGAAACCCAGAUGUCCGGGUCUUGGUACCCGCAUUGCCUCACAAAAUUCCCAAGAAAACGCACAAACAAUACACCGAGCAUAUGAAAGAAAAGUCGGAACAUAAAUCAGAGCUUGAAGAGAGCACAAUCAAUGCGAUUGCCGCCGAUAAACAAAAUCGUUACAACGAGAUUCUCAGAUAUAUGCAUGCUAAAAACGCUGCCAGCCAUGAGAACAGCGAAAAGACGCCUGCAUACAUCUCGCUUUCUUCCUCGUCAGGACGCUCAGUCUCCAUCUUUAGCUACCGCUUCUGGAUCCCGACUCUGGGACUCAAAACGGCGAGAUUCCCCCAGCAUUCGCUUCCGGUUACCACGGUGAUUAUUCUCUUGGUAAUGGUGUGGAUCGCCAUCUUUAUCAUUGGGGUGGUGGAACUAUGCAAUUACGUAUGGAGUCGGUGGGUCCAAAACGCUGUUGGCAGUGGAAAUGGAGAGGAAGAGCAAAAUGUGGAAUUGGAUGAGUUGAUGAAGAUGCCAUUGAGAGUUGUUGCUAUUCCAAGUGAGGCAACUCAUGUUCGAUCCUUGAUCGAGCAUGAAUACGAGUUCUUGAAUUCUGUGUCAAGUGAAACUGAGUCAGAUUCAGAAGGAUCUGAUGAGGAUGAUUAUCGGAUAUUCUAG